CAGGCUUUGGAAUGGCUUUCAUUGAGGCUUUAUUUCCUUUCCCAUUGGACAACAGUUUCGUUCAGUUUUGGGGCUAACAUCAGAAACAACAGUUCAGGACACCAACAACAUAAAUUCCAAAUUUUUCCAUCCGUGUUUUUCCGUUUUCCGAAGCCACCCAUCCCCGUUAGCACCAUGCCGACAUCAGACGACACGCCAUUCAAUCCAUUCUACAUUGGGCCCCAUCCGAGCGACGCGUGUGCUAUACCUGAGGUUCCCGGCCGGCAGUGCUCACCGGACUGUCAGGAUUGCCAGGACUCGGCGAAGCAGACGACGGCAGGUGGUGCCCUCUUAAUUGUAGGCAUGGCGGGUCCAUCCGGUGGCGUAGCGACCAUAUAUAGCACCGCGGAUGCCGCCGCCAAGGGUUCAUCUCCAGAUAAUCCGUGUCCUGGAAAGAAAAUAGAAUGCAUGGAAGGCGGAGGUUCGGAAAAGCCUUGCAAAUAGAGCGGCGGCAAUCUAUCCGUGAUCCUGACACGACAAAUUCUAAGUGAUACCAUCAAGUUAGCCCCAAUAAAAUUAAUUAUAAAUACCAA